CUUUCAUUACUGCUCUUCAGCCGGUGAUAAUACUUGAUAUUUCCCCCUCUACUCUCCCCUCCCCACCCGUCCUGUCAAAAUGGGCUCUGACACCCCCUCCAAUCCCCUCUGGACCACCCAUCCUGAGCACGCUCCCCCACCCCCGGAGGAGAACUCCGCCUCGCCGAUCCCCUUCUUCCACCUCCUCGAGCGCCUCAAGACCACCAAGCGCGAAGGAUGGCGCCGAUUCGGUAUCAACUCCGGCGAGUCUAUCUCCGACCACAUGUACCGCAUGUCGGUGAUGACCAUGCUCGCGCCCCCCUCGCUGGCCUCCCGCCUCAACCUACCCCACUGUAUGAAGAUGGCCCUGAUUCACGACAUGGCCGAGUCGCUCGUCGGCGACAUCACCCCUGUUGACAACGUCGACAAGCCCGAGAAGGCACGUCGUGAGGCUGCGGUCAUGGACUACAUUGCCAACAGCCUCCUGGGCGGUGUCCCAGGUGGCAUGCUGACGGGCCAGGAGAUCCUGAAGGUGUUUAACGAGUACGAGGCCAACGAGACGUUGGAGGCGCAGUUCGUUCAUGAUGUCGACAAGAUGGAGCUGCUUCUGCAGAUGGUCGAGUACGAGCGCGCCAACAGCAUUGAUCUGUCGGAGUUUUGUCACGUCGCGAGCAAGGUCCAACUCCCGGAGACCAAGGAGUGGGCGGCAACAUUGUUGCGGGAGCGGGAGGCGUUCUGGAAGAGCAAGACUGCAUGAUGUGAUUACUGCAUACAUACAUAUUGACGGCGUUAUGUGUACGACCGUGGACAUGGACGGAUGGACGAAUUUGUUAUUUUAAUCACGGAUACUAUGCAUACAUACCGUGUGGGCGUUGCGGCUGUGUUUUAUUCCUACUUAGGGACUUUAGACUAGCAAUAGACAUACAUACAUGCACA